AGCAUCGCCUAAUAUAUUUCAUUCCGCGCGCGAUCGCUGGCUGUAAACGCUUGCGCAGCAACGAAUUUACGAAAUUUGAAUUUGCCUCCGCGAUUUAAAUUAUAAAAACUCAGUUGUGCUCCUAUAAUAAUGAAUUAAAUUUCCCAGUGAAUAUUGAGUGUAUGUGUUGUGAUAGUUUUGAAGUAGAGUUAUAGAAGUUUUUUAUUCACUGUAGAAUAAGGCAUUAAGAUGACGACGAAAUCGUACAGCAAACACAAGGAGUACAAGGAGAUAUCCAGCAGAGGCACUGUGCCAUACACUGACGAACAAUUCGACAUGAUGAAAUCCGAGCUCCUACCCAAAGGCAGUAAACUGGACUCGUUGGGCCGCGGUACUGGCACCCGGGAGUACCACUACGAGUACAAAGAAGAGAAGCUUCCAGGUGGAAAGUACGAUCGAAAGGAUUACCAUACUGUUGAGGAGUACACGAUUCCUGCAAGAAGUUUGCCGAAGUCUUCAGAAAGCAGCUCCUAUUACUACGAGAAAGAAGAGAGGGAUAUACCAGCCAUUACCACUGGUACUAGGACAUAUAAUUAUGAAACAACGGGCACCUCUCCUGGUUACUCCAAAGUAAAUACUAAAGUGACAAAGGAGAUGUCUCAGAACGUCGAGGAGUUGGAUUCUCUUCUGGAUGACUUGCAGAAGGAUCAAGAACGUCAAUUAUAUAAGAGUGGUUAUACAUCGGAUACCGCUGAGAGUAGCUCAUUUGACUACAGGCGUGGUACUCCAGUGAAGGCACCGCCCUCUAGCGGGUACUCCACGUUGAAACACGAGGAGCGCGUGGAGAGCUCCUCGUGGGGCUCCAGUCCUGCCCCCGCGCCCACACUCACACGUGCCGCUGAGCUCCGCCAACAGAUGUACAGGGAGGAGAAAACCGAGUCCCGCGUGGUGCCGGCCGUAGUGCCCGCGCCUGUCGCCCUGCCCGUGCCGCCCGCAGUGUGCACGCACUGCCAUCAAUCCCCCGGCACCACCGGCACUUUGCCACGCGGCGGUACACCAAUGAACAAGGUGACUACAACAGUGAAGACCUACACUUACGAGGUCCCCGCAGACACGGACCCGGCCAGUGUGCCCAUACCAACACACGCCGACACACACACUUAUGUGUGUAAUGACACACAUCGCACGGCAACACUGACUCGUCCAGUAGAUGGUUCUCCAGCGCCGGGCGGCUGCCAGUACUGCUCGCACUGCAACUCUCGCCUGCACUACAGCCGCACACAUCUCUCCACUGACGGUCACUCCUAUUACUACGAGAAAGAAGAGAGGGAUAUACCAGCCAUUACCACUGGUACUAGGACAUAUAAUUAUGAAACAACGGGCACCUCUCCUGGUUACUCCAAAGUAAAUACUAAAGUGACAAAGGAGAUGUCUCAGAAUGUCGAGGAGUUGGAUUCUCUUCUGGAUGACUUACAGAAGGAUCAAGAACGUCAAUUAUAUAAGAGUGGUUAUACAUCGGAUACCGCUGAGAGUAGCUCAUUUGACUACAGGCGUGGUACUCCAGUGAAGGCACCGCCCUCUAGCGGGUACUCCACGUUGAAACACGAGGAGCGCGUGGAGAGCUCCUCGUGGGGCUCCAGUCCUGCCCCCGCGCCAACACUCACACGCGCUGCUGAGCUGCGCCAACAGAUGUACAGGGAGGAGAAAACUGAGUCCCGCGUGGUGCCGGCCGUAGUGCCCGCGCCAGUCGCCCUGCCCGUGCCGCCCGCAGUGUGCACGCACUGCCAUCAAUCCCCCGGCUCCACCGGCACUUUGCCACGCGGCGGUACACCAAUGAACAAGGUGACUACAACAGUGAAGACCUACACUUACGAGGUCCCUGCAGACACGGACCCCGCCAGUGUACCCAUACCAACACACGCCGACACACACACUUAUGUGUGUAAUGACACACAUCGCACGGCAACACUGAGUCGUCCAGUAGAUGGUUCUCCAGCGCCGGGCGGCUGCCAGUACUGCUCGCACUGCAACUCUCGCCUGCACUACAGUCGCACACAUCUCUCCACUGACGAACAUACAACUACCAACGAGCGCAUGGUGUACCCCAGCCCCGCCAACGAGCCCCACGUGACCCACGUGACCCACGCCCCGCACGGACCCACAGAGCCGCACAAUGGACACGGCCCUUAUGGUCCAACAACAUACAAAUACUCUGAGACGAGCUACUCCUCUCACAACUCCACCCUCAGCCCGCCCCCGCACGCCCCGCACACCCCCCACAGGCCACCCAAGAGGCUUGACGACCUUCUCGCUGACUUUCCUGAAGCUAGAUUCCCAACACAAAGUGAUGGUGUGCGACGUCGCAUAGAGACGUCAACUCGGGAGACUCGCGACACUUCCCACGUGAGCUCUACGCCCACCCCCAGCAGUGGGGUGAAGCCCACCCCCGUGGGGUCCAGCAAGAACGUGGCCGGACCCGCCGUGUACUACCCCCCGGGACACACCCCCUUCGCCCCCAAGAAAGAAGUCGCGGGAUACGAAGCUAGUGCAAUGCAAGGCGGAGGUGCGUACGCGUCAGGUCGCGGCAUGUACGAGUACGAGUCAGGCGCCCGCAGCAAGGAGAAGCACUACGAGAAGAAGACCGCAGUGCCCGUCUGCCUGCCGCUCUGCUGCGCCAUGCCCUGCGUCAUAUUGUAAACUGACUACAAACAUACAUACGCAAUAUAUAAACAUGCAUUUCUAGUUUCCAGACCCAGUACAAAAGAUUUAGUAAAUUUAUGACCCCCU